AUGUUGAUUGAGAGCUUCAGCAAUUACUGGAACGACUUUCUGUACAAUAACGAUCCCACCGAGCGGCCGGAGAUCCUUAAGAAGCGAAUAGGGUUAUUCCAGUGCAGCAAGAUCGCGGUGAUAGUACUGGUCUGCACCAUGAAGGAGCUGGCCAGACAAUGCCGAAAGUCAGAGGGGCUGAAGCUCCUGGAAGUCCUGUCGAUUGUGCGGCGCGAGUCGGGCAAGCGGAACUUCCAUCCCCGGAUGGUGCUGGACUCCGCCGCGAAAACCUUCAACCCGGUCGACAUAUUUUACAUGUUCGUCGCGUGGUCCUGGUACAUCACGAUCACGUCGUUGCUGAAGACGCCCGUGCUGCUGCUGCGUGAACUGCGAGCUCUGAAUUCGCAACGCAAGCACUGCUACCCGGAGACCUUGACCUACACCUUAUGGUGCUACCUGCCUCUGACGUUCCAAGCGAUCCGGGAGGCGGUGUCCAUCAGUUGGAUAGCCGUGACGGCGCCCAAGGUUGUCCUCGAGGAGCUAUUUCUGAAGCACCCGCAGUCGAACCGGCUGCAGACCAUCUCGCCCUGCGGCAGGAAGGUGGUGGCCUGGUCAGAGGAAGUCGACGUCGAGUUUGUACGCAAGAUCGCCAACGUGGCCGGCGUGACCGAGGCGGAGAUCCUGUUGACGGCCACCGUGGACGCCCUGAGGGAGUACUUCAGGCACUCGACCACCAGCAUACCGAACGACGUGUUCGCGACAGUGAAGUUCGUCAGUCAGCGAGAGAUCUUCCUGCGGAACCACGAGGCUCGAGGUAUCCUGUGCCUCGCGUUACCCACCCGGACGCCAUUGUUCAACGACGAUCUCAUCGAGAUACUGCAGAUUAUCCAACGGAACGUCCAGGACGCCAGGUCCAGGCAAAGCGCGAUCUACGCCAUCACAGCGGCGGAGACGUCCCACGGACUGAUCUCCUCCUGUGUGCCCUCCAUCCUCUUAAAGCUGCUGCUAAACCAACUCUCCAGAAAAUAUUCUCUUUGCUUGACGCACGUAGACGGGGAUUUGCCCGUCGAGGGAGUAGAUACUGCGGUCUAUUGGCGACCACCGCAGGGAAAUUGCAGUACGCAUCGAUUAUUGGAUACAUCUCUGCGGUCGUUGUGAACGAAAUGGCCGAUGUUUAUGGCUCGUAAAAG